AUGGACCCAAAUCGCUUAUCAGAAAAUAAAACCCUGUGCAUUUUGCGAGCAGCCCACUCAGGCAACUACAGCGUCAUCGCCGCCGUUGGAUACAACCUUGAGCAAAUCCUAGGCCUCGUCAAAGCCGCAGAGCGCGAGAAAUCGCCCCUCAUCAUCCAGCUCCUCCCCUGGGCCAUCACCCACUCCGACGGUGUCCUCGUCUACGCCGCCGCACAGGCCGCGCGUCAAGCCUCUGUCCCUAUUGCUUUGCAUCUCAGCCAUUGCCAAGAUGAAGACAUGGUUAGACGGGGUUGCGGGCUACCGUUUGACUCCAUCAUGGUGGACUCUUCGGACCACGCCGAAGUGAGAGACUUUGCCAAGACGAAGGAGCUGGUGGCGUAUUGCCACUCCCACGGCAAAGCCACGACAGAUGAAGUCUCGAAUACGCUGAAAUGGGAAAAGCUGGCGACGACUGCUCAGGAGAAACAACAGCUUGGGGUUGCGGGGGUGGAUGUGGUGGUCCCGGUUAUGCCGCUUGGCGAAAUCUACGGAGAUUCCACGAAUACUGGCAGCGAAGGCAUAAAACUUGGCAUGUGCAAAAUCAACGUCGAUAAGAGUUUACUCGCGGGAUACUGUUCGCUGGUGGAGCAGAGAAUCAACAAAAUUCCGCUCAUGCAAGUCGUAGAUGAGGCAAUUGAGAAGAUGGCAGAAGCAUUAGCGGAGAGGAUGAUAUAUGUAGGCUCGAGUGGCAAGGCGAAGCAACUUGAGACUUAUUAA